UGAUAGCCAUAGCAUUCAUUACAUACUGGUGCCCCGGUCCCGAACCAAGCUUUGCCACCAUUGGGCAGAGAGCUUCCACUCUUGCCACUGGCAGAGGUGCAAGCAUGGCAUGGAGAUCAAGUGGUGCCUCCAAUGAGGCAUUGAUAGAGAAUCUAGCUCGGCAUGGUCUCAUCACCAAUGCUCGAGUCAAGCAAGCAAUGCUGGGGGUAGAUCGUGCCCACUAUGCACCUUAUGCGCCUUACCAGGAUAGCCCGCAGACCAUAGGCUAUAGCGCCACCAUCUCAGCGCCGCAUAUGCACGCGUCCGCAUGCGAGUCUUUGUUGCCGUACCUUAAUCCAGGAUCUAAAGUAUUAGAUGUUGGGUCAGGUUCCGGCUACCUUACUCAUGUGCUGGCCGAACUGGUCAAGCCUGGUGGCAAGGUUAUUGGGAUAGAGCAUAUCCAACCACUAGUCGACAUGGGCACGCAGAAUACUCGCAAGAGUGCCGAGGGUAGAGAACUGAUGGAUAAUGGGGGUAUCCGUUAUGUCAAAGCCGAUGGCAGGCUGGGGUGGCCUGAAGAUGCACCCUACGAUGCCAUCCACGUAGGAGCAGCGGCAGCUGCAUUCCAUCAGCCUUUGAUCGACCAGCUGAAAGCGCCGGGCCGAUUAUUCAUGCCUGUGGAGGAGAACUACGCUCAACACAUCUAUGUCAUCGACAAGAAAGAAGAUGGCACGGUCACAAAGACGAAAGAUAUGGGCGUGCAGUACGUUCCGCUGACAGACGCUCCGGCUGAUUGAACAAUUGUCGGUCUCGUGCAAUGUUUCUUUGCAUGAUUGCAGCGGAAUCGAGGAGCAUAACGUCACCAGAAUCUACGUACGAUGCAGUACUGAAGGCAGGCGCAACCGGCAGCACCCCCGUGUCUGUCAAUAUUACGGUUGUUCCCCAUACUGAGGACCCAGGAAUAACGG